UUGGUUUUCUCGGUCUAGGUUUUCUGCACUAUUGUAGAUCAAAGAAAGGCGCUCUCUUCUUUCUUUUCUUCAACAUUCAACAGGAAGGACAUAUCCCUUGAGAGAGAGAGAGUGUGAUUCAAGAUACUCUAGCAGCACCACCAUGGUUCUCAAAACAGAAUUAUGCCGUUUCAGUGGUGCCAAGAUUUACCCAGGAAGGGGUAUUCGAUUUAUCCGUUCAGAUUCUCAGGUUUUCCUCUUUGCUAAUUCAAAAUGCAAGAGGUAUUUCCAUAACCGCCUGAAACCAUCCAAGCUUACCUGGACAGCAAUGUAUAGAAAACAGCACAAGAAGGACAUUGCUGCUGAGGCAGUGAAGAAGAGGCGCAGAGCCGCGAAGAAGCCUUACUCAAGGUCCAUUGUUGGUGCAACCUUAGAAGUUAUCCAGAAGAAAAGAAGUGAAAAGCCAGAGAUCAGAGAUGCAGCUAGAGAAGCUGCUUUGAGAGAAAUAAAAGAGAGGAUAAAGAAGACCAAGGAUGAAAAGAAGGCAAAGAAGGCUGAAACAGUGUCAAAGUCUCAGAAGGUGAAUAAGGGAGUUAACAUACCUAAGGGCGGUGCGCCAAAGGGUCAGAAGAUUGGUGGUGGUGGUGGUGGAAAGCGGUAGAUUCAUAACCGGUCUUUCUUCCACUCUUUAGAGUUUAUCUUCUUGAAAAUGGUGCUCAACCUACAGGAUUAGAAUCAGUUGUCUAUUUCCUUCCAUCUUUUGUAACAGACAACCAGAAGAUCAAGAUUCAAAACUGAACUUUAAUUUCCCCCCCUAAAUUACUCUAGAUUUUAUGCAUGAUUUGAUUUUGUACUA